AUGGCAGGGAGUGAAGACGAUCCCAGGGCCAGGGACUCGAAGGUCGCAGGCGCCAUCAUGGUCUGCGAUCGCGUUGGGCUUUCUAUGGAGACGGCACUGUUGCAGCUUUGGCAGCUGCCCAUGACGGAGCGGUUGCUUGAGGAGCACCUGAAACUGUGGACAUCCGCGCUCGUCAUGUUCGGCACAUUCUUCGAGAACGGGUGGACCCUCUGGGAUGCCAAACCUGACAACUACGGCAUGGACGAGGGAAACUACGAGCGGUUGCAGUUCUUGGACGUCGCGGCCCUAGAGAACAGAAGUGAACAAACGACCCGCGAAGAUGGCCAGCUGCUGUACAAGAUCAUGCAGCGCUUUUGCAAGGCAACAGUCGACCUGCUGGGAAAGGGAGGCACCCAUGAAACGUGGCGGCAAUGGCUGGUGCCGCUUUUCGAGAACAUGAUCGACGAAAAGAUAAUGCGUGCAUUUGCAGAGCACAUGUUCAGGAUUUCGACGUCUCCCGCAUCUUCGUUUGCCGACAGGAGCCAGCCGACGGGGGAGUCCGAGCCUGCGAAGAAGUCCGGGAACGAGCCGUGCAAGGAGUCGGAGCCUGCCAAGAAGUCCGGACCUCAAGUCGAGACGAUGGCGGCCAGUCCUUGGUUCCUGCCAGCAACCCAGCAGAGGAACGAGCCGUCGAAGGAGUCGGAGCCUGCCGAGAAGUCCGGACCUCAGGUCACGACGAUGGCGGCCGGUGGUUGGCUCCCGCCAGCAACUGUGCAGACGUGCGUGAAGGCCAGGAACGAGCCGUGGAAAGAGUCGCCGCGGGAAGAGUCGGAGCCUGCCAAGAAGUCCGGACCUCAGGCCACGACGAUGGCGGCCAGUGGUUGGCUCCUGCCAGCAACUGUGCAGAGGUGCGUGAAGGCCAGGAAGGAGACGUGGAAAGAGUCGCCGCGGGAAGAGUCGGAGCCUGCCGAGAAGUCCGGUUCUCGAGUCACGAGGUGCGGUGUCUUGCUGGCCGCUGAGCUCAGGCAACGCAUGGAUGCAUCGCGAGAAUUAAGCUCAUGGGGACCCACCGUGUGCGUGGGGUUGCUUGGUCGCAGUGCACUGGUGAUGUUCCAGAUGCUGCCCAAGGAAGAAGGCGAUACUGCGAUAGAGCUCUUGUGCACCGUGAAGGAGAAGGACGUCGAGGUGAUUGAAUCGGUUCAACACGUGCAAGCGCACGUUUUGGCGGCGACACCACGGGAUGUCUCUCACAUGCUUAAGGAGGGCGAGCGCAAGCACGGGCUUCUUCGGGUUGAGCUUGUCUGCAGUACCGCAUGGACGCCCACCGACAAAUAUGCGGAGCGUCACAGAGUGCGUCGGUGCAUGCAUGUCAACGCUUCCCUCGCGCGGGUCUACUGGGAUCAAAUGAAUCGGGACAGCUGGCCCAAGUCUUUGCAGGACUGGCACGAGAUUGUGGUUGGCAAGACUCAAAAGCGUGCAGAGGCACCUAAGUUGACGUUGGAAACCCUGGAGAAGGCGAUGAAGGACGUGACCGUCGUCGCUGACCAGAGGGGCUUUUACAACAAGCCUAUCCAUGAUCUAGACACACAUGGACGGGUCAAUCGAAAGACGACUAAACUGGACGAAAACCCCCUCACGCGAGAAGAGCGCGAAGCCGAAGGGAUCACUUAUGGCGACCAGCAACCGAACAAGAGGAUGCGAGACAUUCCCAGCUACCGGCACAAGCCAUUGACGGCAUUGCUGCGGAACCUGCACCAACUUCUGCCGCUGGAGCGCUGCAACGAAACAGGGCAGCGACCGGCCGGAUGCAGGGAGCGGCAUGCUCCAACGAAGCCGCGAAAGCAAUCCAGCAAAACCGAUGGAGGCAUGUUCAAGUUUGCCCAGCAUGGCAUGGUUCUCCAGCUGGAGGACUUCAUCGAGGAGAAGUGCUUUGUACAGCCGACAGCUGCUGCAGAGGAGCAGGACUUUGGCUUUGUGCCGGCCGAGCUGCACAAUGUGGCCAGGGGCCUUGUUGCUUUCCUGAGGGUCAGAGCGUGCUCUUACGAUAACAUCUCGCCUCAGAAGAAGACGGAGCAUUGGAGCCAUUGCUUGGAGUGGUGGGGUUUUUGGAUGUCGGACGAGGAAAUCCAAGCCGUGGCUGCACAAGCGACGUCCCUUGCAUUUACGCACAUGCGCUAUCUGAGUGCCUACGUGCGUUUGCAUCGAGCAACGUUUGCGCAGGAAAGUGUUGCCGCUGCCUCGCAGAUGUAG